AUGAAGCUCCUCUCUGUUCUUGCGCUGAGCGCAACUGCUUCCUCCGUUCUCGGAGCCAGCAUUCCUGUUGACACCCGGGCCGAGAAGUUCCUUAUCGAACUUGCUCCUGGCGAGACCCGCUGGGUCACCGAGGAGGAGAAGUGGGCGCUCAAGGAGAGUGGCCAGGACUUCUUUGACAUCACUGACGAGGAGGUUGGAUUCACCGCUGCUGUUGCCCAGCCAGCCGUUGCAUACCCAACCAGCAUCCGCCAUGCUGAUGCCGUUAACGCCAUGAUUGCUACCCUCUCCAAGGAGAACAUGCAGCGCGACCUGACUAAGCUCAGCUCGUUCCACAACCGCUACUACAAGUCUGACUAUGGCAAGCAAUCUGCCACUUGGCUCCAGCAGCAAGUCCAGGCUGCCAUCACUGCCUCUGGCGCCAACCGCUAUGGUGCCAAGGUCGCCAGCUUCCAGCACAACUUCGCGCAGCACAGCAUCAUUGCUACCAUCCCCGGCCGCUCUGCUGAGAUCGUUGUUGUCGGUGCUCACCAGGACAGCAUCAACGGACGCAGCCCAAUGACCGGUCGUGCCCCAGGUGCUGAUGACAACGGAAGCGGUUCCGUCACCAUCCUCGAGGCCCUCCGUGGUGUCCUCCAGGACCAGACCAUCGUCCAGGGCAAGGCUGCUAACACCAUUGAGUUCCACUGGUACGCCGGUGAGGAAGCUGGUCUCCUCGGCUCCCAGGCCAUCUUCGCCAACUACAAGCAGACCGGCAAGAAGGUCAAGGGAAUGCUCAACCAGGACAUGACCGGAUACGUCAAGGGCAUGCUCGACAAGGGCCUUAAGGAGUCCUUCGGUAUCAUCACCGACAACGUCAACGCUAACUUGACCAAGUUCAUCCGCAUGGUCAUCACCAAGUACUGCCAAAUCCCAACCAUCGACACCCGCUGCGGCUAUGCUUGCUCCGACCACGCCUCUGCUAACCGCAACGGCUUCCCAUCUGCCAUGGUCGCCGAGUCUCCUAUUGACCUCCUCGACCCCCACCUCCACACUGACUCCGACAACAUCAGCUACCUCAGCUUCGACCACAUGAUCCAGCACGCUAAGCUCGUUGUUGGCUUCGUCACUGAGCUCGCCAAGUAA